AAAGGAAAAGAAACAAAGCAAGAAAAGAACUUGACUAGAGCAGCUCGCCCGAGCCCUGAAGGAUCACAGCCGGUUUCCAGUUUCCUAGAGACAGGGAUCCCACCCCAGCACCUCGUCCUCAGGCCCCCCACCCCCUCCAGGGCUCCGGGGCGUGUUUUGCAAUCUAUGCUAAUAGCGCUGCCCCGCGGGCGGGGCCGGCUGCCCUGACAGCCCGGAGAGAGCCCCCGGGGGCUGGAUGGGCCCUGCCUCCCCGCUGGUGACGGGGUCCCGGUGCUGGUCCAUGCUGGUCCCCGCCUUUGUUCUCGGGCGGGAGCCAGGACAUGCGCGGCUGACGAUGGAAGUGGAGGACUCGGGCGGCGUGGUGCUGACCGCCUACCACUCGUACGCCCGCUCCCAGCCGCCCAGCUCCGAGCCGCGCUGCGCGCCCCGCGCCGCCGCCAGCCACCCGGGCAGCAGAAAAUCCAUUCCACGCUGCCGAAGAAUUAACAGGAUGCUCUCCAAUGAAUCCCUACAUUCUCCUGCAUUCAGCCGCACCAACUCACAAGCCUCCGUGGACAGCGCCUCCAUGGACAGCGCCUCCAUGGAGGACUUCUGGAGGGAAAUAGAAAGUAUUAAAGAGAACAGCAUGGGAGGGCAGGAAGAGCAGGCGCCAGCUGAGGUCAAGCCUGUGGAUGAAGGAGAACUUGAAGCAGAGUGGUUGCAAGAUGUGGGUUUAUCAACCCUGAUCUCAGGUGAUGAAGAGGAGGAUGGCAAAGCCUUGCUCUCCACAUUGACUCGAACCCAAGCAGCUGCGGUGAAAAAGAGAUAUAACACUUACACUCAAACCAUGAGAAAAAAGAACAAGCAGUCUGUCAGGGACGUCAGAGACAUCUUCGGGGUCAGCGAAUCUCCUCCAGAUGCUGCUUCUCUCAACAGUACUACCUUGUCAGAUGGGUCCCAGGAUGAAGAAGGGAAGUUUGCACUUCCCAGGAGUGGCUCUGUGUCUAUCCUCGAGACUAUUCCAGAUAUACCAGUUCAUUCCAAUGGAUCGGCCAGCCCUGGACAGUCCGUUCAGAAUUCCAUGAGUGAUGAUGAUUAUCGGGUAAAGAACAUUCCACCUGAAGCUGAAGAGCUGUCCUUUGAAGUAUCUUACUCAGAAAUGGUUACAGAAGCUCCAAAAAGAAAUAAAUGUAAAAAGUCAGAUUUUAAGAAAGAAGACUAUGUUUUUACUAAAUUUAUUGUUCAGAAAACCAGAUUUGGCUUAACUGAAGCAGGAGAUCUGUCUGCUGAAGACAUGAAGAAAAUCCGCCACCUCUCUCUGAUUGAAUUGACAGCCUUUUUUGAUGCCUUUGGAAUUCCACUGAAGAGAAACAAAACAGAGAAAGUAAAAGGAAGAGACAAUGGGAUUUUUGGAGUUCCACUUACAGUCCUGCUGGAGAGUGACCGAAAGAAGGACCCUGGAGUGAAAGUGCCCCUUGUGUUACAAAAAUUUUUUGAGAAGGUUGAGGAAUCGGGUUUGGAAUCUGAAGGAAUUUUUCGACUUUCAGGAUGCACUGCCAAAGUCAAGCAAUACCGUGAAGAACUGGAUGCCAAGUUUAAUACUGACAAAUUUAAGUGGGACAAAAUGUGCCAUAGAGAAGCGGCAGUGAUGUUGAAAGCCUUUUUCAGAGAAUUACCCACUUCUCUCUUCCCUGUGGAAUAUAUACCUGCCUUCAUCACUCUAAUGGAAAGAGGGCCUCACAUCAAAGUACAGUUUCAAGCCUUACACCUCAUGGUCAUGGCACUGCCUGAUGCCAACAGGGACACAGCUCAGGCCCUCAUGACAUUCUUCAAUAAAGUGAUUGCCAAUGAAUCAAAGAACCGAAUGAGCCUAUGGAACAUUUCUACCAUCAUGGCACCAAACCUUUUCUUCAGCAGAAGCAAGCAUUCUGACUAUGAAGAAUUACGCUUAGCAAACACUGCGGCCCACAUCAUCCGCCUAAUGCUUAACUACCAGAAAAUUCUGUGGAAGGUCCCAUCUUUCUUAAUCAAUCAAGUCCGAAGAAUGAAUGAAGCCACCAUGUUGUUAAAGAAGCAGCUCCCAAGUGUCAAAAAAUUGCUAAGGAGGAAGACCAUAGAACGAGAGGUUACAAGCCCCAAGACUUCAAAGGUACUACAAAAAUCACCCUCUUUAAGAAGAAUGGUAAGAAAACAAGUAAUUUCCUUUCCUCCCUAAUUAUUAACAUCCUACAUAUUUCUUAUACAACUAAAUAUGCAGGUUAAACUUAUGUUGCUUUCUCUUUUUUUCAGUCAUGGUUCUUCAGAAUGCAUUAAAAUUCAGAACCAAAGGUUAUAUGAAAUUGGAGGAAAUAUAGGACAGCAUUGCUUGGAUCCAGAUGCUUACAUAUUGGAUGUAUAUCAUGUAAAUCCUCAAGCAGAAUGGGUCAUUAAACCCCAAUCAAGUUUUUGAAAUACCCUCAAGAUGGCAGCUAUUAUGUUUAAUAUGCCAAGAAAAUUCCACAUUAACUAGGGGGGGGAAAGGCUGCUUUUGACAUGUUUGUUCCUAUAACCCUCGUGGUGUUUCUCAGCUCAAGCGAUGUCUCCCAGCAUUAUCAGCAUGAACUAUGGAAGAGGAUAUGGUUAAUCAUUUGAACUAAAGCUUUCUCAUGACAGUUCCUUGAUAAGAGUGAAAGAAAGAGGUCAUGAUCCUUCUGAAGAGAGACCAAUUGAGAACAGGAAUUCUGAUCAUUUCUAGUACGUUGGCUACAGCAGAAAUGAACUUGAUCCUUAUCGAGGGAUAAGAAACACUUCUCUAUGUAGCAAAUGCUACCAAACACAAGAGGUGGAAAAAAGACUUCUUUGUACUUAUGCUAUAUAUACAUAUAUUGUCCAGUGUAAGCAAGAAUGCCAGAAAUAUCAGUAACUUCCACUCUAUAAAAUAAUUCAGCUGUACUUUCUAGUGGAAUCAGUUUCUAAAGUUACACAUACACUAUUUAUGCUCUGACUUUCUCCUGAAUUGAAGGAGAAACUUCUGUUUAAAGACACUGUACUAUUAUGUACGUUUAUGUAUGUAUGUAUCAUGAUAAUCAGCAUUCUGGUGCAAAUGAACAUUUCUUUUUCUUGGACUGGUGAAAAUUUACAGUUAUAAAGCUUAUUCCCUUAUGAGCACAGGGCCUCCUAGGCAAGCUUAGUUCAACAAAGGGUAUUCUUAUGUUUUCAUAACCUUCUGUGUAGUCAAAAGUCACAGAGCCUCUAUUUUUCUCAUCAUGAUUAUGGUGCUCAAUGAAUAGCUUUCCAUGUGCCGGGCAUUGAUUUCCUUUUCUGACCAAACAUAUCACUUUUUAUAUCUUACAACUGUAGAUAGUCACUUCUGCAACCCCAGUUUAAAAAAUACAGAACUGCCUUUAUCCACGAGUGCUUAAAAAUACCGUUACAUUCAGAUUUUGCAUGCUGUAAAAGCAGGUUUUGUUUCUGUUCAUCAAUCAUAGUCAUGGCCAAGCACUGGGGAUUAGCAACAGGUUUUAAAAUCAGAUGCAUAUUUUGUAAGCGGAAAACUGUCUCGCUAUCAAGAUCCUGUGGAGCCAUUUUCAGACCUGAAAUUGAUAAGAACACACAGUCCCCAUGAUUGGAAUUGAAAGCAAAUCUAAAAUAUGCAGAAGGGUCAGACAGCUCUGCCUUUCAUCUUGAGAAUGCAGAUAUAGUCCUUCUGGGGUGAGCUAGAAAUGGGGCCGCCAUCUCAUUUAUCCCACAUGCUUUGGAUUAGAAUCCACAGAUUGGUAUUUUGUUGACUUUAUAUCAGUUUUAAUGAGCUUUGACACUCAAACGAGUCUCUUGCAGUUCAAACAAGAGACAAAAUUGCUCACAAUUGCAGAAAACGUAUCUGCUUACCAAGUCUCAAAACGUGAUAAUUAAAGACCACAUAUACAAGAAAUUUUUAUAUGCUGCAUUAUGCUUUGAUGUCUAUAAAAACAUUACUUAUAUUCAACAUGUUGAUAAUUCAGUUUCUGAUCAUUAAGAUUUUGCUAUAUUUUUGUAGAAAACUCAAAUAUCUAUUCAUUUUAUUUGUUUGAGAAGUCUCAUUUCCUUUUCCUGAAAACGCAUUAGGAAAGAAACAUGUUCUGUAAGUUUAGACUUACAUUUCAUUAGCUUUCGGUAUGUGGGUAAUUGAUGACAUAUGAGUUUACAUAAUGAAUUUCAAGAGCCUGAAAAAAUGCUUUUAUCAUUUUUGCAAUUUAAACAACAGGAAUAAACAUUUCACUUUAUGUUGUUACUAAGUUCCAAGACAUAAGAUGGCAGUAAUAUAUGCCUAUACACAGGGAAGAAACUCUUCAAAUUAACUACCUUACACUUCUAUGUAUAUAUGAAAAUAAUGAUUGAUUUAUCUCACUGUAUUUCUUAUCAUUUAGAAUAAAUUGUUUAUAUAGAAAAUUCAUGAAUCUAGUCAUUCAAUUUUUUUUAUUUAGGAGUUUUCAUUUCUUUUGAUUGAAAAUACAUUAGAACUUAUACAUAAGUUCUAAGGAUUUCAAGAUUUACCUCACUUGUCAUCAGUUUUAAAUAAAUUGCUAGCAGAUGACAGGUAAAAACAAUAAGUUUCUGAAUUUCUUAGCCACUUUGUGUGUUUUCAUAGGUCAGAAACUUAACUGAGUCAAUGACUUUACUCACUUUAAUGUAUUCAAGGAUGUGUGACAACUUUCAAAUAACUGUGUUAUAUAGAAGGCCAUGUCAAUACCAAUAGCAUUAUCCAAUGAUAACUUUUAUUCUUAGUCAUAGGGUUAACUGAUUAGAGAAGAAUUUUUUUUCAGUAGACACACAGACUAAUUUUAUGUAAAUAAAAAGGGGUUUCGGGGUUUUUUUUUACUAA